AUGCUUAAUAGUGAAUCCAUAAAAGAAAUAGUGUCUGCCGUGGGGUUGAGACUGAAAUUUCAGAGCGCUUUUGCAAAUCUAAAGCCAACUAGUAAAAGGUCGAGUGAAACGGUUGCAAUUGCCGAUGGUGUUUGUGAUGUUGAGGAAAAAGAGAAAGUGAGUUCUGGAAAGCCGGCUACUGUCGAUUCACCAAGGACUGGUAAGCUUGAUGAGGGAUUUGUGAAAGAGCAUUCGAAGAUUUUUGGCCAUAAAAACCCAGCAGCGAAGCUCACUGAUUGGCAAAACGCAGUGAAUGGCAGUGCUUUACAGCUAGCUAUGGAAGAUAACACUCUUUUGUAUGACCGAGGACAAUUAAAGCUCAGAGCGGAAGAAAAAGCUCGACAAACCUAUGUUUUUAAGAAAAAAACUGGUUCUCGUUCGACAAAAUUAGAUGGGCAAGCAAAUAUUAAGAGAAUAAAGAUCAGUCAAGAGGAACAGAAAGGAAAGAUCACUGAGCUUUCGGCUGAAAUUGAAGUGAUCAAAAAACAGAUAACCAACAAGCAGAAUAUUAUCAGCAAAGCAAACACAGUGAAAGAUUACCAAUUGUGCGACAAGACUCAUACGGAAUUAAGAGAGCUUCUAAGAGAAAAAGGGACAUAUGAAAAACAACUUGCAGAAUUUCAAAAAAAAGAGGCCAAAAGCAAUUGGUACCACAAGGUGAAAGGCAAAAAUGAAAGCAAAGAAACCAGUGUUCAAAAAGUACCUUUACCGCCUCAAAGUGCAGUUCAGUUCAUGGAUAUCAGGAAAUUAUUCUCUAUGCAAGCAAGCAGUGCUCAAGCUGUGACUAUAAAAACCACGGAAACCACGUCUUUGGUUCAGACUAAAGAUGAAAUGAAAGCAAGUGCCACAGUCACAGAAACAGAUACAGUUUCCUCAGCUUUGGAAGAAACAGGGCCAUCAGCACAAAACGAGGAUGCCAAGAAAAACUCAAGCGCUCUCAACACCGGCAAAGAGGCAGAGGUCGUGAAUAUUUCCUCUGAACCUGUGGAAAAGGAAUCCUUGGAAGGAACAGGACCAUCUGAACAAGAAAUCUUGAAAGAAGAUUCAGCUCAUAAUGAGGAGAUAAAAAAUAUGUCGAGCGAUAUCACCGCCAACAAAGAGAUCUUGGAUGUUACUUACAAAUCUGUAGAAGAUCAGGAAGCUUUUUUGGGCUAG